AUGGAUCGUUCGUUCGCGUUGGUCAAGUUCUACGGCAUGGAUCGGGAAGAAAGGUCGCUCGUUUCUUGGUCAAUAUCCUCGCGUCAAGGCGAGGCUCGUUUCGUGGUAUUAUUGGAUCGUUUUCGCUCGGCCCCGACGGCUCAACAGCCAGCACUCGAGACUCAGCCAAGGGAGGACAUCAGGCGCUGUCGGGGUGACGAGUAGCUGGGGCUUGGCUGCGGCCUGUCAGUCCCUGGGGACCUCUAGCUCUGGCUUCGACCCCCUCCCUUGGCCCCUCGGGUGUGUUCCCCUCCUCCUCCCCUCCUCUCUGUCUUAGUAUUCCUGGUUCUCCGUGUUUCCGGUCGUGAAUUUUUGUAUAUUCUCCCCCUUUCUUUCUCUAGGCGCUCUUGCCUGGUUUUCGAGUAUCUUCGCUCCCGCUCUUGGGACGUGAAGCGGCAGCAGUACUCACCGCCCGUUGGAGUCCGCGUUAGGUGCUCGGCGGGUUUUGAUCUGCGCAGCGCUCUUUGCGCGCAGGGGUUUGACUUUCACCCAAUUGCUUGCCGUCGUUGCUUUAUAACCUCUUUUAGCUCUUUUUGUAGCGGUCCCAGCCAACCCGAAGGAUUGCAAUUUAUGAGCCCCAGUAAAAUAAAAAAAAGUGGUGUGUGCUCGGCCUCGGGAGUCUCGGCGUCGGUGCGGGCACCUACAACAGCGUGCUGACGGCGUUCACAAGUCACGAGGAGGACGCAGGUUGGUUUAUGCAUCGGCUUUAGGGGGUCCAGGGCGCUGACCUGUCUUUGAACCGUGGCAGUGCUCAUGGGGUGGCUGUAUGCAAGUUUUGCCUUUGGCGGUGCGAUCGCCCCUCUCAUUGUCGGGGGUUUCGUCGCCCACGGCAUCGGGUGGAACAAGUUCUACAUCAUCCUCCUGACCUUGUCAAACCUUCUGGGUGGUAUUUCCCUCGUUUUAGUGGGCGAAUGGGAAGUAUCGCUGGACCAGAAGGCCGGCUCGGCACCUAGUACUACUAGGCAACCCGAGGCCGAGAAUGAGAGCGAGCAUCUUCGACCUGCUCCCUCGGCGACGGCGAGGCUCUGCGAGGCCCUGCACCUCAAGAUCGUUUGGAUGGGUCUCCUCUUGAUCGGUCUCACCUACGGAAGUGCCGAUGCGCUCGCGGCUUGGACUUCGAGCUACUUCCUGGACGUCAAGCAUGCGUCCAAGUCGGCUUCCAAGUACCUCACGUCGGGUCUGUGGGGAGGUCAGUGCUGACAUCGCUUUUGGCCGCGGCGUGCUCAUGAUGGAGGAUGCAUGAUGCCCAGUAAAUGGCUUUGGCUAACCCCGAGGCAAGAUCACCUCGCGCGCACAGGGAUGGCGGUGGGCCGACUCAUCCUGCCCUGGCUCUUCCGAGGUCGCGUAAGGGAGCGAACUGCCGCAAUCGGCACCUUGACGGUCGCCAUCGUAAUGUUGACGGUCAUGUGGUUCGUCGAGUCGUUCAAGGUCGCGGCCGUCGCGCUCGCCUUUGCCGGCUUCUCCGCCGGACCCAUGACCCCGCAUGUGCUGUCGAUGGUGACGUCCCGACUGCCCGCUACUCUCAAGGCUUCGGUCGUGUCCCUCAUUCUCGGUACGGCCGUACUGAGCGGAGGUGGGAGCUCGCUUCUCUUUGGUCUCAUUGUCGAAAGAGGGUGGAUCUCGACCCUGCCUCCCUGCUUGAUUGUCGCCAGCGCCUUGGCCGCAUGUUUCUGGGCCUUGGUUCCUCCGAGGUGCGCCGCGACCUCUUCAGCUCAGUAG